ACUGAAAGCCAAAAACAAAAACUGAACCCCCGAGGCUGAACUAAUAAUACAGAUAAAGCAUGAAUCCUUAUAACUAUAUGGACAAACAAAUCACCGAAUUUUCAAAUCCCAAAACUACCCCAACUCUCUUCAACUACGACGAACAUCUUAAACAACCACACGAUGAAGACGACCAAGAUUACGAUCAAGAUCACACCUUCCGAUUUCACCCAUUCCGCUCCCCUACCAAACCUCUAGAUACGUCCCACCUCAGCGAUUGGAGCUCAAUGGACCAUAUGGAUUCUACGAAACGUACCGGGGACAGAGUUGGAAUUUUCUGUGAUGAAGGAUUGAUUUCCAGGAUUGAUCAGAUUUUGAAGGAACAGACUGAUGUUCUGUUACACUCUGUAGAGUAUCUAAGUGCGCGAGUUACCCAAAUGGAAAGCAGAGUGCGGCAAGUUGAAAAUUCGUUUGAUGGUUUGAAGGAAUCGAUUGAAUUUAAUCACGGAAAAACCGACGGGAAGCUGAGAGAGCUCGAAAAUAUUUUAAUCGAGGUUCAUGGCGGCAUCAAAGAUUUGAGGGAUAAACAAGAGAUAGCAGAGACACAAGUUCAGCUGGCAAAGCUUCAAGCAUCCAAGGGUGGCCCAGAAAUGGUAGACCAAUACACCUCUGUUCAACCAAAUUUAAGUAGAGAAACACUGUCCUCCGUUCCUCAACAAUACAACCAACCACCGGCUAUUCCAGUUGUUUCUCCACAACCUGAACUUGCUUUCUCCUAUAAUAUGACAAACUUACCUCCUCAAAAUCAUCCUCCGCCAGCGCCUACAGCUACAGCACAAGUAGCCGCAGCUUCAGCAUACAUCCACACAGCUGCUGCGACAGCACCACAUCUUCCCUCCCAGUUUCCUCAAAAUAUCACUCCCUUCGUUUCUCAGCAAGAAUCUUAUUACCCACAAGGAACAGGUCAUCAACAACUUGCACCUCCAAUGCACCAGUCACAGCAGCAAUCACUUCAUCCUUAUCAGCCUUAUCAACCCCCACAUCUUCCCUUAAACUCGCACCUAACUCAGUUGCCUCAAGUGCAACCACCCUUAACUAUAGUUGAUCCUCGAGCCAACAAAUAUUAUCCUGAGGAACUUCCUUAUGCUUCAUCUCCCGGCACUCAUAAUUCUGCUCAGCCACAUGACAGGCCUCGACCUGCCCAAGCUUUUAAUAUCGGCUCUACUCAGCGGGCAUACAAUCACCCGUCGAACGUAUUUGAUUCAGAAUCUACUGCAAAUUUGCGAGGACAGGGACUACAACAACGGGGGUAUGGUAACACCCUGGACUAUCACCGCAGUCCUCCUUCUCAUAGUAGCAGUUCAAAUACAAACUCUUUGCCAACUGCCCGCACAUUGCCUCAUGCUAUUCCAACUGCUUCUACUGUCGCCCGCACAUUACCUCAUGCUAUUCCAACUGCUUCUACUGUCGACAGCGGAUCAAGUCCUCGUGGGACUGGAAGUAGGGUGGCUGUUGAUGAUGUUGUUGACCAGGUUGUUGCUAUGGGUUUUCGCAGGGAUACAGUGAGAGCAACAGUGAAGAAACUGACAGAAAAUGGGCAGUCAGUUGACCUGAAUGCUGUGCUGGAUAAGGUGAUGAACAAUGGAUAAGUUCUCUAAGGAGUAAUAUUCCUGCAAUUUCAUGAAUCCACAUUGCUUCACUGAGACGUUUGACCAUUUCUCAUGGGAUCGAUUUGUAAAUGAAAUAUUUUAAGUGGCAUUGAUUUGAUUGAGUUGUUUGUGAGUAUAAAAGUAAAUAUUUCAGUA